UAACGGAUAAAUUUUAUUUUUGUUACCCUACUUUUGUGAUCUCACUUUUUAUUUUCACCAACGGAAUAUCUCUGUUCCUUCUCCCCGCUCGGUUCCGGCGUGGCUACAUACCGUAACGGUUGCUGUGGGGUUGUUGGACUCAUGGAUUUCUUGGAAUCCGGUUUUUUACUUUCUUUUCUUUCCCAUUUUUUUUUUCCCUUUCCUUCUCUUUUUCUUUUUCUUUUUCUUUCCGCAUUGCCUGAGUAAACCUAAGUUUUACUACUUUUUUUACUUUUUUUUUUUUUUUGAUCCAAAGGAGGCGUUAUGUAUAAACCAAUCAAGGGUUUUUCCUGUUCGGGGGUCUCCGCCGAUGGGAUGGGUUGUCGCAGUUGCCAGCGAGGUUUUCCCCCCGGUGAUGGUGGGCCGGCGCGGUACGGAUGCGUUAUCGGGUAUUUAUCUCUGCUUUGGCUAUCAUACUUGUACAAUACGCAUAUGUGCGAGUCGGGAUGAAGGCGCAGGCCCAUGGUGGUUCUUCGUCUGAUACCACUAUUCUUGAUGGAAUUAAGAACGGAGUUUAUAUACAGUGUUGAUGGGAUGCCCUGAGGGGUAGAGGGGCCGAGGGCUUCGCCCAACAUGAUCCGGAGUGGCAGUCUGGUCAUAGGCGGAGCUCGCUGGAUAUCAUAGAACGAUAAUUUGCGCUUUCUGUGGUCGGUUCACGAGCACGAUCCUGGCCCCAAAAGGCAUGUGUAGGUUGCCGUUUCGCACCAAAGUUGCAUGGCUUUAUGGACUGUUAGCUCCCCAAAACAAGGCAGAAUUAAUCAAUAUUUCAGGAAAAAAGUGAGUGACUUUUGUCACCCUUGUCUGAGCGCUGGUGGCUAGACUAAAGAUUUAUUAUUCAUGGGGUGUUGCAAUGUGCCCUUUUUGCCGAAAGUUGUUGUGGCUUGGGGUAUUAAUGUUCCUCUCCUACUCGUAGAGUCUUUUGACAGAGCUUGAUCUCUUUUUGGGGAAAAUUCCAUAUGAUUCCAAGAGGAUUUUUUAUCGGAUUUUUAUUGUUUUAUGAAAGCAAUCAGGGUGAGAUUUCCGGAUGCAAAGUUGCUCAUCUCUGGUGCACAAGUAGAGUACCAGUCUACUCAUGUCAUGAUAUCCUGCGGGUCCACCUGGGUGGAGGUAUCAUUAGUCAUCAUGCUACACACUUCCCGUCAUCACGGGCCAAUAUUGAUCUCGGGGACCCGGGCUUUGGAAGUGAGUGAUCCCGGGUGAAAUCCUUUCCAAUUGUCCAUGUUACCGUGUGCCGGUGCUCCCCUCGAUCGAUAGAGCAGCCGACCCAUCACACCUGCCGCCGGAGACAUCUCUCAGAUCAUACCUCCAUCGCAAUCCGCCGUCACCGCAGGCCCAACGCCCGGCUUACAAGCAUUGGGGAGUCUGCCGCUCGUCUUGUCUCGCUUCUUGAUUGAGGGGGAUCCAUUACCUGGAUCUUAAGAGAAUUUGUGCACCGUGUUUAAGCAGAGGUGUACCAUAUCGGCGGCUGACUUGCCGUAUCCUGUCUUCAUCGCGGGGAACCUGGAGACGGCGGUGACGUCUUGGCUUUGUUUUCUCUCCCUCUCUUCAUGGGCCACUGUUGAUUUUUUUCUUACCUUCUUUCCUUUUUGCGAGUGGCGUCAAGGUCUUAUCAGCCAAGUUGACAGGUUUGCAUUAUCGUACUGGUGCCGCGAUAUCGAGGAGCGAUUUUUCUUUUGUGGCCGUCUGGGUGACUAGGUUUCUCGAGUGUUCAGCCAAUGGGCCACCUCCAAAGAAGUGUGAAGGGUCAGCGCACGUUAUCAUAGGGCGAACGGUUAUUAUAAUUGUAAUUUUUCUUCUUUUCUUUCUUUGCCCCAUUGAGACCAUUUGUUCCGCCGUCAUUGAAUUCUUCUGUAGGGCUGUGACUCCGAAGGGUUGCACAGCUGCAACUUUUCUUCCGUUCAAUGUCUAGUUUUGGACCCUGUUUGCAUGGUGCAUUUUUUUCUUUUUUUUUUCCCGUCCCUCGAGAAUUUUUUUUCCCGUCUCUUGGUUGAGCCUCCCCACCCCGUCCCUCUUCUACUUAGGCCCUGCAUUUGGCCUUCGAGCUCAGCACAUCGGUUUUCCCUUUCCAAUAGCGAAACCAGAAGCAUCGCAACUAUGAACGCCGCAGCCAGAUUCCGACCUCUUGCGAAUAUGCUGGUGGCUCGCAAUUCGCGCUUGAUUGUCCCUCGUCAGAUCUUCGGGCGAGGGUUCAAGCCACAGUCGAUCCAGUCAUUUCGCCGCGGUUUCGCUUCCGGCGCUACGAUCCCGCAGCCGAGGCCGAAGAAGAGGUUCCGAAUUCUGAGGAAUGCUUGGAGAUUGACUCUGGGCUUGACGUUUCUGGGAGCUGGAUGGUUAGCGUAUUCCAUCUACGAGACCAGGUUUCCCCAUGAGCAAAUUGAACCUGAUCCGGCAAAGAAGACCCUCGUUAUUCUCGGUAUGUUUUCCGCUUGAAUGCCUGCUGCGGUUUUCAAGGGAGAACGGGACACUGAUCUUAUCGCUUUACUUUUUAGGUUCUGGAUGGGGUAGUGUGGCACUACUCAAGAAGUUGGACACUGAGAACUACAAUGUUGUGAUUAUUUCUCCAAGAAAUUUCUUUUUGUUUACACCUUUGCUCCCCAGUUGCCCUACCGGAACUGUCGAGCAUCGAAGCAUCAUGGAGCCUCUGCGUCACAUUAUCCGCCACAAGAGGGCUUCAGUGAAAUUCUACGAAGCUGAGGCAACCAAAAUUGAUAAUGAACGUCGCGUUGUUGUCAUCAACGAUCUUUCCGACGUGAAGGGCGAUGUGCAUCAGACAGAGGUUCCUUUCGACUACCUUGUGGUAGGGGUUGGCGCGGAGAAUGCUACUUUUGGUAGGUGGUGGUGACGUGACCACUAUUAUUUAGCCAAAUUUUGGUACUAACGAGCUGCCGCUGCAGGAAUACCGGGCGUCCGUGAGCACGCAUGUUUCCUGAAGGAGAUCGGUGAUGCACAUAAAAUCCGGAAGACUGUCAUGGAUUGCAUUGAGACCGCCAUGUUCAAAAACCAGACACAAGAGGAGAAGGAGCGCCUUCUUCACAUGGUAAAUUUUUUUCUUCUUUCUCUUUUUUUUUUUCUUUCGAAAAGUAUACCAUGGCGUGUUUAUUUCCUCCCUUAGAUUCCAUGCGGGGCUGCUAACCAUCAGCGUUACCUAGGUUGUUGUCGGAGGUGGACCCACUGGCGUUGAGUUUGCGGCAGAGCUCCAAGAUUUCUUUGAGGAUGACUUAAAGAAAUGGAUUCCGGACAUUGCCGACGAUUUCCAUGUUACACUCGUUGAGGCGCUUCCAAAUGUAAGCCGUGGGGCAGGGUCUUCUGGCAUGUGAACAUUGCAUCUCAUACGCUGUUUUCUAGGUUCUACCCAUGUUUAGCAAGACCCUUAUCGAGUACACCGAGAAAACCUUCAAGGACGAAAAAAUCUCGGUUCGCACCAAGACAAUGGUCAGGAAUGUUACCGACAAGCAUAUUGAAGCCGAGGUUACGCAUCCCGACGGGAGAAAGGAGCUACAAAGGAUCCCCUAUGGGUGUCUUGUCUGGGCCACCGGAAAUGCUGUGAGACAAGUCGUCCGAGAUUUAAUGUCGCAGCUCCCGCAGCAGAAGAACUCUCGAAGGGGUCUAGCAGUUAAUGAGUAUCUUGUCGUCAAUGGUACCGAUGGUGUCUGGGCCCUUGGCGACUGCAGUGCCACGAAGUAUGCUCCGACUGCUCAGGUGGCAUCCCAGCAGGGCGCCUUUCUGGCACGCUUGUUCAACUCUAUGGCACGGACCCAAAAUUUGGAAUCGGAACUGAAUCAUCUCGAGGAGCUCUCCACACAAGCGAAGAUCCAGGAGGAUCGUGAAUCAUUAGAGAGGGAGAUUCAGAAGAAGAGCAAGGCGAUAAGAAGGGUCAAGCAACUGUCACCUUUUGAAUACAGCCACCAGGGAUCAUUGGCUUACAUCGGAAUGGAACGUGCCGUUGCUGACAUCACCUGGUUCAAUGGAAACGUACAUAUUCCAGCCUUUUACUCUGUAAUUAUUUAUUGUGCUCAUGCUGAUCGCAUUAUCUAGCUGGCUUCCGGUGGAUCAUUGACCUAUCUCUUUUGGAGGUCUGCUUAUUUGUCAAUGUGCUUUGCUAGUACGCAUUGCCCAUCCUGCAUGUCGGUAUGAUCAAAAGGAUUGGCUAACGCUUGAACCCUAUACAGCCCGUAACAGAGUCUUGGUGCUUAUGGACUGGAUGAAAGUCAAGGUUUUCGGUCGUGAUGUUUCCAGGUAGCUAUCCUGACGUCUUCCCAUGGGCUCUUGUCCGCAAGGUCACUGCUCUGUUUAAAAAGUAAAAAAUAGAGUGAUGACCUUGCGAACAGGAUCCCCUAACUUAGUCUUAGUUCUAAUACCCCCCUUAAAAUUUAGGGAAUAGUUCUUUUCAAUGCGGCAAAAUGAAACUUGCACGCCCGAUUUAAAUGAACCUUUUCCUUUCCGUCUUUCUCAUGUUCCACUUUUUAUUUCUCCACUAUUUACUUUUCCCUUUCCCUUUUCUUUUUUUUUUCUUUUUUUCCCUUAAUAGAUAUUCCAUCCUGUUGGAACCGGGCCUCCUCUCGAGUUGCAGUCUCCAGGAUUUAUUUCCCCCAGCAAAUCUUCUUACCUCUCCAGCAUUUUUUUCAUUUUCCUCUCUCACGUAGACUUAGAGGGUUUAUGGGUUGGGUUCGUUUUUCAUUGCUCUGUUUGUCAAGGGGGUAAGUAUUCCGGCGGUGUUUACAUCACGAACAUAAUAGACAUGACAGGUUGAUUGCUGUACUCGUCCACGGAGGAGUGAGCAAAGUUGUAUAUGGUGUUUUGUUUUUUUUUUUAAAAAAAAAAAGAGAGGGGGAGGGGGCAUCUAAUUUUCAUAACAAUUUGUAUUCUAUAGAUGAUUACUUGGUAAAGUUCAGCAGAAUAGAGAUAAUUUCGCAUGGGU